AACAGGAAAAACGUGUGAACAACGCAAGCAAAAUAAAUCUAGUCUCGAAGAUGGACAACCCAGGCAAGUUUUCCUUUUAAGAUACAAUAGAACAGUGAGAGAGACGGAUAGAAUGCCGAAGUGGGCAAAGAGUUCUGUUUACAGGCGCGUCAAGCGCGAGGUAAAAACAGCGCUGGUGGACGCGCUUACCGAAACCAACCCCGGUUCAAGUGUUUCAAGUCUACUGCCACAAAGUAUUCCUGGAGGCGCCGAAAACGUAGUUUUUCAUCCGCAGCACGUUGAAAUAGCCAAUAACACAGAAGAUCACCGAAAUCUCUCAGGGGAAAGUUCCACGCAGUUCGACGGUUCACCUUGGUUAGAGAGCGGUGCUGAAAGUUUAUCUGUGAUUGAUUCAGGAGAAGGAUGUGACGCAGAUGACAGGAGUUGCGACUUCGUGUAUGCCCACGACGAUAGGGAACUUUGUUCCCGUCCAAUUGAUGAAACUGAAAGUUCGGCAUCCGUUUGUGCAGGUCCUGACGCCGGUAACACGAAUGACUUUUGCACCAGACUUAGAAUUUGGAGUGUAGAGACAGGUGUAACACACAGCCAGCUAACUGGCUUGUUGAAUAUUUUGCACACACAUCCAUGUUUCUCCAACCUCCCAAGAUCAGCGAGAACACUGCUAAAAACUCCUCGUGCUUCACCGGAUUUUCAAGAUAUUCAUCCUGGGAAGUAUCACCAUUUUGGACUUGCAUCAGGACUGAGGUAUGUGUUGAAGAAUGCACUAAGCCUGCCAGAUAUCCUCCUACUGAAUGUAAACAUCGACGGCUUGCCCCUGACAAAGAGCACAACACAGCAGUUUUGGCCAAUCUUAUGUGACGUUGUAAACUGCGAGAAAAGUGAGCCAUUUCCUGUCGGUAUUUACUUUGGGCAUACGAAGCCAUCCAAUGCUAACGACUACCUGAAGCUUUUUGUUUCUGAAGUAAAGGAGUUGCUUCUUAAUGGAGUUGAAAUAGGAGGCUCACAUGUUCCUAUCAAAAUAGAGGCAUUCGUGUGCGACGCACCAGCAAGGGCUUUCAUCUUGUCAGUGAAAUCUCAUUCCGGUUAUUUUAGCUGCACAAGAUGCACAACUAAGGGUUCUUACAGGAAUGGGCAUGUAUGCUUUCCCGAAAUGAAUGCUCCCUUAAGGGAUGAUACAGGAUUUAGAGCUGCAGCACAGGAACAGCAUCAUACUGGUUCUACGAUUUUGAGGGAAAUUGCCAUUGAUCUUGUGCACCAAGUGCCGCUCGAGUACAUGCAUCUUGUGUGUUUGGGCGUCAUGCGGAAGCUGCUGCUUCUGUGGUGUAAAGCUACAUCUGCAUCCAGGAUCAGCAGUGCAAAGCGUGAAGAGCUGUCACAAAAAAACAUUGCCAUGGGUCCACACAUGCCAUUAGAUUUCAACAGGAGACCACGAAGCGUGGAUGACCUCGACAGAUGGAAGGCCACUGAGCUUAGAACCAUGCUCGUCUACACGGGACCUGUUGUACUCCAUCAGGUUCUUCCAAAGGAUAUGUAUGCCAACUACUUGGUUUUACAUGUUGCUAUAACAAUUCUUAUAAGCCCAACACUUUGUGAAGUCUAUUUGGAAUAUGCGGAACGUCUACUCCAGCACUUCGUUCAGGUGUUCAUCUCAACAUACGGCUCCCACCUUGCAUCUUAUAACAUUCACGGACUCCUACACCUUGCUGGGGAUGCUCGAAUGCAUGGACCUUUAGACCGCUGGUCUGCGUUCCCUUUCGAGAACUUCAUGAAGACAUUAAAAAGCAUGAAAAAGAAACCUGAAAAAGCAUUAGAGCAACUGGUAAAUAGGAUCACUGAACAAAGAAGUGUAGCAGAAUUUGACAAAAGAAAAAAAGAUGACGAAACAAUGUUUUCGCAAAAACACCACGAUGGGCCACUGCUCGAUACCUGCCGAGGCUCUCAGUACAGGAAAGUUCAAAUUCAGGGAAAGUUUUUCUUGCAAGUGAAUGGAAGAGACUCUGUUUGUGUUUUAAGUGAUGGCACCAUAGUUGAAAUUCUAAACAUUGUCUGUCCUGCCAAUACUCAAGAAGCGUGCAUACUCGGCAGAAAAUUCAUCGAGAAGCACGACCUCUACACCUAUCCUUGCAAGUCAACAAUGCUUGGGAUCUGUAAAGUGUCACGCAUGUCGGUGUUGCAGUCGUGGCCACUGUCAAGUGUUCAAUUCAAAUGCGUGAGACUACCUUUCGAAACUGUGCAUGUCAUUAUUCCUUUGCACCAUACUACAUAGGAUGUUCCGCAUCAAGGUCAAUUUCUCCUCAUUUUAGAUGAAAAGUCCUUUGCCAUCGUGAAAUUCCCAGAUGAAGAUGACUGCAUUGGAAUAAUACAUGUCAACUGGCUUUGUGGCGGUGGCGUAUGCAUGUGGCCCCCGGAAAGAAACGCAACAAAGCUACGUGCUCUAAUUGAAGAAGGGAGAAUGCCAACUGAGAAUUGGACGAGACAGAAAUGCAAACCAUUGGGACUCUUCUGCACCUAUGAACAGGCAAAGCGGAGGCUUCCCCUUGCGGAAGUCACUUCUGACCUUUCAACAGACCAAGACCUCGGA